AUGGGUAACCAAAUGAGCGUCCCACAAAGAGUUGAAGACCAAGAGAAUGAAUCGGAGACAGACGCUAACAAGGUAAUUAAGUGUGGUCAAAACGGGACACCGGUGAUCAUAUCGACCCACGACAUUCCAUUCUAUGAUGAAGUCGACUUGGGAAUAAGUGUCAAGGAGGAUAAUGUGGCCACUUCUUCCCCCAAGACAAUGGAGAUCAGCGCUGUUGCAGAUGCCAACGGAAAGAAUCUUGGGAAAGAGGCCAAACCCGAGGCACCAGCUGCUAAAUCUCGUUUUUUCUUGACACUCUCUCGGCCUGUACCAGGACGUACUGGAGACCAAGCCACGGAUUCAUCCACUGGAUCAGUGAAGCUUGAUGUCAGCUCCAGCAACACUCUAGGGAACAAAGAACCAAGUGAGAGCAUGGCACUUCCGGUGGCAGCUGCGCUGGGCCACGACCCACAUAAAACCCCAGGCCAGAGCCCGGCUGGGGACGGACGCUUCUCUGCCCCUUGGGGACCAGUGCCUGUCUCACCUGAGUCGGGAGGAGUGGCCCCCUCCAAGCCUAAGGACUCCAGCUUUUUGGACAAACUCUUCAAACUGGACAAGGGACGGGAAAAGGCAGCAGUCAACAGCCACCGGGAAGCCAAGGGCGCAGAGCGUCAAGACCAGGCCCAGGAAGUUUCCGGAUUGUCCAGGCCAUCCGACGAUGUCCCUGCAGAGAGGGACAUAGUGGACAGUAAGGGGGAAGAAGGACACAGGACCCCCACUGUGAGUUGCUCUGUCCCCGGGGACCCGGAAGAGCUGGAGACUGCAAAGGAGGACCCCCAGACCACAGAUACAACCGAGAAUAAUAACUCCAUCAUGAGCUUCUUUAAAACUCUGGUUUCACCUAGCAAAGCUGAAACGAAAAAAGAUCUGGAAGACACGGGUGCUGAAAAGUCGCCAGCCACUUCAUCUGACGUCAAGUCAGACAAAGCGAACUUUAUAUCCCAGGAGAGCAGAGGGGAGGCCAAGAACCCUACAUCCACCAACACUACAAAGGAAGCUGCCAAGGAAAAGGGGGGACCCACCUCUCUGCCUUUGGGCAAACUGUUCUGGAAAAAGUCAGUUAAAGAGGAUUCAGUCCCAGCAGAGGAGAAUGUGGUGUGUGAAUCACCAGUAGAGGUUGUAAAGUCCGAGGAAGUAGAAUCAACCUUACAAACAGUGGAUCUCAAUGAAGAAGGAGAUGCCACACCCGAACCCACAGAAGUAAGAUUCAAAAGAGAAGAACGCAAACCACCGAGAACCUCCCUGAUGGCGUUUCUCAGACAACUGUCAGUGAAAGGGGAUGGAGGGAUCACCCACUCAGAAGAAAUAAAUGGGAAAGACUCCAGCUAUCAAAGGCCAGACUCACCAGAGAAGGCGAUCACAUCCCCAGAGCCGGAGCCGGCAGGAGCAGACCAGAAGGGCAAAGAGAGCUCCUCCAAGGACAAGAAGGUGGCGGCUGAGGGGAACAAGCAGAAGAGCAACAAGCAGGAAGCCAAAGAACUGGUCCAGUGUGUGGAACCAGCUGCGGCGGAGGCGAACUCGGUGCAGAAUGGGGACAAGUCCCAAAAGAGACAGGAGAAGCGGCGACAGUCCCUCGGGGGCUUCUUUAAGGGCCUGGGACCAAAGCGGAUGUUGGACGCCCAAGUGCAAACAGACCCUGUAUCCAUCGGACCAGUUGGCAAAUCCAAGUAA